UAACAUGGCCAGCGAGGCUGAAUUAUACAUUAAUUGCGUGUGCAUGAUUAUUAAAAUAUAAUCGACGAUGGUAUCCAUCCUUGAAAUGAGAUUCCUUGAGCUUCAGUUUCGCCCUACAACGACCGUGAGCAGAAGGAUGCACGUGGGGCAUCCUUUUUCAUCGCGACCGCGCGCUUCGCCGCCUCCCAGAAGCGAUCGAAAAGCCUGUACGCGCAUCCAACAAUACGUGAUUGGGGUGUGAACUGCUGUUUACACCAAGUGUCAUAAGACACAUACGCGCGCACGGCGCGCGUAACGUCUCCCCCUGUAUAUAUAAACUACUGACGAGCAAGCGGCAAAGUUUAGUCGGUCGAUCGUCCUAAUCGCGGAUGUGAACGCAUCUCAUUGUCAGUGCCUUCGACAGUAGCGGUGACGGUAGAAGGGCCGUGUGACACUUUUACGGUGUAUAUCUCAGUUGAACCGCAACACGCCAGGCAAGAUGUGGACCUACGUUGCGUUUUUAGCCGUGAUCUACGUCGUGUACACGCUAAAGAAUUACAUCAGGAUCCUGAGAUUUAUUUUGACCCUCGGUGGACCGAAGACGGUGCCGAUCCUUGGCAACGCGAACCUGAUUUUUGAUGGAAAUCUCGUACGGAGGAUGACAGACGAAGCGCCGCUUUACGGCCGCAUCUUCCGGAUAUGGCUAACGUUCCUGCCGUACGUCGUGCUGGUGGAGCCCGAGGACAUCCAAGUGGUGCUCAGCAGCAUAAAGCACACGCAGAAGAUAUGCUUCUACAAGCUGCUCGACAAUUUCCUGGGCAAGGGCCUGGUUACGCGGCGGGCCGACAAGUGGCGGAUACACCGGCGAAUCUUGCAGCCGGCCUUUCACCUUCACAUACUCGAAAAAUUCGUCGAGACGUUCGGCGAGUACGCCGAUCGCCUAGUUAACAAGCUGCUCGAAAAGAACGAGCAGAACGUAAACGUUACCGUAUUCGUCAACAACUCGGUGUACGACAUAUUAAUCGAGACGAUUUUGGGCUCGCCGGCGAACCGAACAGGCAGCAACGGCGAGGACGAUACGCCAUUCAGAAAGGGCCAGAUAAUGCUGCCGUACAGAUUCGCGCGGCCCUGGCUGCUCAUCGAUUGGAUCUACCAACUGACGGCGGCCGGGAAAUUGGAGGAACGGCAGCAGAAGGAUCUCUUCGAUUUUUGCUUCAAGAGGAUGAAGGAGAAGCGCGAGUUCCUCCGGAAGAACGGCUCAUUCGUCACGGAUGGGGAUGGCGCGACCAGGAGAAGAAUGUCCCUACUCGAGUACAUGGUCGAGAUCAACGAGAGGAAUCCACUGUUCACCGAGCGAGACAUCAUCGAGGAAUGCUGCACCUUCAUGUUGGCCGGCCAGGACUCGGUCGGCACCGCCACCGCGAUGACCCUCUUCCUUCUGGCGAACAAUCCUAAAUGGCAAGAGAGAUGCGUCGCCGAGCUGAACGAGAUCUUUGGCGAUGACACGAGAUCACCCACUAUGCUGGACCUGAAAGAGAUGAAGUGCCUGGACAUGUGCAUCAAAGAAUCCAUAAGGCUGUAUCCCAGCGUACCGUUCUUCGCCAGGACACUCGGAGAGGACGUGAGAAUAGGAGAGCGCGUGAUACCAGCUGGUUGCGGCAUAUUUAUGACGCCAUUCUGCACACAUCGCUUGCCCCAUCAUUUUCCUCAUCCCCAUGACUUUAAGCCCGAACGCUUUAGUCCCGAGAACUCCGAAGGAAGGCAUCCCUACGCCUACAUACCCUUCAGCGCUGGACCUCGCAAUUGCAUUGGAUACAAGUUUGCCAUGCUCGAGAUGAAAUCGGUCAUCAGUGCGAUUCUUAGGAAAUGCCAAUUGGAACCGGUACUCGGGAAGGAAAGGGUGAUAGCUAAGUUUCGAGUAACAAUUAGGGCGCACGGUGGACUCUGGGUCAGAGUGAGAGCACGCGAUAAGCAAUGCGAAACGUAACGAUUGGAUUGACAAAUCGUCAGUCUAUCGUACGUUAUAUUGGAUUAGAACAAAAGCUCGUAGCGUUGUUUAUGAAAAAAUAUUUUAUAAAAAAGAGACGAAAAGUUCUGGAAGAACUGAAUCGUAAAACACAGCGUUGAAUAACUAUUUAUACACAUAUAUAAUAAUUAAUGUCUCGGAAUUUCCAAAAAUGCUACAAAAUUUGUUGCUAUCCAGGUUUAAAAUAUAUAAUUGUUAAAUCCUUCAUUCCUUUUAAUAGAUGUAAGAAGAGUGUGAGUCUGGAAGAUAUGUGCGUGUGUAUGUGUAUGUAUAUGUAACAAUAUUGUAUAAAUCUAUCCUUUGUAAUUAUU